GGAUUAUCUGUCGUCUUCUUCACUUUCGGUCUUCGUCGAGUCACAACACGUUUGCGUCCCUUUUUUUUUUGCUACUUUCGAUCUCAACUUGUUUCUUUCCAAAUCUCCGACUAUCUUAGCUUUUAAAUUCCGGGUACUCAUAAAACGCGGCAAUUUGUAUUUACCGAGUCAGCACACGGGGUUUUUUUUGUUUAGGGCUUUGACCUCCCAAUAAUCCUCAUUUCUUUUUUUUUUCGUUUCUUUAUCGUGCAUCUGCACAACCAACUUUUCCAGUGCCGCUAUUGUUUUUCGCCUUUACAGCGAAGGAAAACACAUAGCUGCUGUCAACACAUCUCUCUCUUCUGUGUGUGUGUGUGCGUGUGUGUGCGUGUGUGCUCUUACGGACACGGAUUUACCUUUUGAAGCGUCAGCUCUCUCGCAUUCGCAGCGAGAGUUUUUUUUUCGUUCUCGUUGCAUCGGAAAGCUAUCUCACGGACACCUCUACCCUCUCACCCGCCCACCCACACUCACACCCAGAUUCACACAGCUGGACGAGGAUGGCCUUCCCACCGUGUUACCAUGCAAUUGUCAACGCCGUGGACGAGUACUUGACGAAGGGCAGUCAGGUACAAGGUGCACAGUUGGAUGCUGCGGAGGAAGGUGACCCGAACUGCCUGAAUGUCUUCCCUUUUGCCCAGAAAGGCUGUGUCGGCGCCCAUCUCACGUACAACUGCGCGCCACUCAACACCACAGUGAAGUCGAAGGUGUCGCCCAACUUCAAGUCGUGGAAGGAGUACCUCCCAUCCAUCACCUACACCGCAAAGAUCAACGGCACGUCGGACGUGUUCAUGGUCGACGCCGCCACCGGCGUCGUCAAUGUCACCGCGAUGCACCCGGUGGUGACCGCGAGCUGCAGGACGUCGCUGCUGGACGGCGGCGCGACUAAUGUGACCGCAGCGACCUGCAUCCAGCCGCAGCUCUACGGUGGUGCGUCGCUUUCCUACGACCCGAAGCGCAGCGGCCUGCGCGACUUCACGGCUGCAGUGGUGCGCUACAGCUGCCCCAACAUCUACAAAGGGGACUUGAUGGGCAAAUACAACCUCCGCAACGGCUUCUCGGUUCACAUGCGCGUCCCCGUGCACCCGUACAUGGACGUCGCCGUCGCGGCCGAGCGCCAGCGCUUUAUUGCGGGUAUCCAAGGCCGCUCACCUUGCGGGGCGCGGCUGAUGCUGAACACGAACGUGACCGACGGCACCUACACCAUCACGACGAUUCGCAACUUUGGUGAUAUUUGGAAGUUUACACUGACGAUGACGGCUCCCUUUUCCGGCUCUGGCAACGCCGCGGCGCCACGCUACGGCCUCAAGUUCACGCACAUGGAUGCGGUGGACUAA